GCUGAAGAAAGAGGAAACCGUGACUUCAGUAGUCGCAUCUAAACAUGAAUCGGUGCGCACUGAUGGAGAACUGCGUGGGCUAGCCGUUCCUAAAAGCCUUUAAAGGCGUGUUUAAAAACGACCGUGCUUUACUCUGUGGAGUCUUCUCAAGGCUGGAUGCCAACUAAAAGGGACGUAUCCGCUCCAAACCAAUAGCACAUGCUCACACGCACGAGGGAGAAGCGCUGGGUGACUUGCGUCUUGGCGCAUGAGUUGGAAACGGCAAGCUGGAGACGAGACAGCAGCGCACACUCUAAUGUUUUGGCAAAGCUUCCCGAAAGGAGCUUUUUCGCGCUUCUCGUAAGAACAGUCACGCUUGCGUUUAUUAGCUAGAUCUGCACUUUUAAUCACCGCUAGGGCGAGAAGAUCGAGGAAGAAAACGCGAACCGGUAGCUAAAAGAACGUUUCCAGGUGCGACUGAAAGAAGCGGGAACAGUUAACUUGCAGCAUGUUUGGAGCGAGCAAGAACGUGUGUGUACCUCUCAGCGUUGCAUUUGUGGUGUCUAUGGAGCUAGUGCUGUGUUUCCCUACCAGACAGCACAAGAGCGCGACCACGAGAUUCAGACACGGCGCUGCUACUGAGGCACAUGUUCAGACAUCCUCAAGUGGCAUUAGCGAAGGCCGUGAUCUAGAGCAGAACCAGGUGCAGAGUGUGUUGACUGGCUCAUAUCGACUGCAGCAACAGCAGCAUCACAGGUGGUCCCAGCAACAUUCCCCAGGGGUUCUACCACAGCCUGAACCUGAAGAGGAGUCCAAACCUUUCAUCUUGGACCUUAGGAACUUCCCUGACUUGGCCAGUGCUGACACUGGCUCUCAAAACCCCAACAUUCAGGUGACCAUAGAGGUGGUGGACGACCCUCAGAUGGAAGUGGAGAUGGAUCUGGUUAAGGAGCGCAACAGUGAUUGGCCCAUCUCCUCCUCUUCCCCCUCCCCUGUGGUUGACUGGCUGGGUGGUAAGAAGCUGUUCUGGCCGCUGUUUUGGGGCUACACUGAUGUGGACUCAGGUGAGGACAGUACAGACCAGGCAGUGAAAGAGGUGGCGGAGGAUGAAAAGCUUGAAGAGGAACAAGAGGAGAACUACACAUCCAACUAUGACAGUGAAGAGCCCCUUCCCAGUGGGCUAGGUGGCAUGGAUGGCGAAUUGGACAGCCAAUGGAACCUGGGCUGGGACUUCACACAUAGCAACACUGAGAAAGAGGAGGAGAAGUGGAGUGCUUGGGCACCUUGCUCUGUCACCUGUGGCCAUGGCAACCAGACUCGCACACGAUCAUGUGGGGAUUUCUGCAUGUCCACCGAAUCCAGGAGUUGUUACCUUGACCCUUGCCCAGAUGAUUUGAAUCCAAUAUCCAGUGUUUUCCCCUUUGAGAUGGAGAAUGGAACGGAACCUUUUGGCACAGAUGUUGACAGCUGUGAGAAGUGGCUGAACUGUAAGAGUGAGUUUCUCCAGCGCUACCUGCAGCAGGUCCUCAUGGAAUUACCCAACUGUCCCUGCUCCUACCCCACCACAGCUUCCCACAGUGCGCUUACCCUGCCAGACGAGGGCCACAAGCAAACAUUCCACUGGAGGGACGCUAACAACCCCAAGGAGCGGCUGGACAUCUACAAGCCUUCUGCACACAGCUGCUUGCGCUCUGCACUGUCAGCACAGGGCACCACAUUGGCCGCUCAGCACUGUUGCUACGACAGCCAGGGCCAGUUGAUCACAAGGGGCAAAGGGGCAGGCACACCAAAUCUCAUCAGUACAGAGUUCUCGCCUGAGCUGCAUUUCAAGGUGGACGUGCUGCCUUGGAUCCUGUGCAAGGGAGACUGGAGCCGCUUUCAUGCCGUACGGCCACCCAACAAUGGCCUGAACUGCCCUGAGAACCCCCGCCAGGAUGUCUUCAUGAAUGAACUGGAGGAGGCCAGAGAAUACUGAUCAAAUGCCCCACACAACUGCCAGUUCCUGUCCUGUGACAACUUCAGUUUCCAUGCUUGAACUUCAAACUACAUUUCACAGCUGCUUUCCACCCUCUUAAAUGUGUAGCAUGUUUUUUAGCAUGGUUCCCUGCCCACUCUAUGCAUUUGUUUUCAGCGUUUAGGAGAUUGGUCAGUGGUCCAAAGGUGGCACACACAUGCACAUCCAGCCUCCUAAAGUGUAUGGAUUUUUUAAUGAAUAUGUAAACAUUAUAUAAAGGUGUAUCGGAGUAGUCACAUAUUUUUCGAGUUCCAGAAUGUACUUCAAAGUUGUCAACAGUCGGAGGCUCUAAUCUUUCAGCCACAAACACACUUCUUGUAAGAUUAACGCUGCUAUGAUGAUUAACCUGAAAAACGUUGAUUUUCCAGGCUGGAAUGGUAGGCAUGGGAAAGUAUUUGUGUAAGGGACGUUUCCCAAGAGACAAGUGCAGUGUCAUGGGGAGAGAACUUGCCAGCACACCAGCUCAGAGAGAGUAACACAUAAACCAUAACAAACUUGAACACUACAGUUUCAUUUACUGUAAUUAUCUGUUUGUCAGGUUAUUUGCCUUGAGAUUUGAUCAGCAGUCUUUAAAUACAACACAUUAUAGAUAUUAAUGUUAAUUCUUGAUGCUGUACAGCUUCUUAAUUAUUAUGUAAUACACAACUGUGUUGUCACCAGCUUCCUACACUCUUGAAAAUUAGGGUGCCAAAAAGGACCAAGAGUUCUUUGGAGCAAUGUCAUAGAAAAAACACUUUUUGUUCCCUAAAGACUUUUGUAAAUGAGACAUAUUAGUGAAGAAUUGUGAAGAAACUUUUUAAAGUCUAAUGAACCUCCACAUAAUAUAAAGGUUAUACACCAAUUAAAGAUUUUUCUUGAACCGUAUGUCUAAACUAAGGACCUUUAUUUUUAGGAGUGUACUAAUGAUUUGAAACCUACAUUGUUUCACAUUUACAAUUAUUUUAUAUAUGUAUCUGCAGCAAAAUUGGUUCUACAUUAUUGAAAACCCUGAUUUCAAAUGUUUUAGCAGUAGUUUAGAUGAUAAUCAACUCAGUAGUUCUAAUUCCAACAAAUGCUGUUGACCUCUGUUGGAGUUCCUCUCUGACAGAGAGUAUCAGGCUCAUCUUUGAUAAACACUUACAGAUUGAUGUCAUGGCGAUAUUUGAGAAGCUGACCAGACAUUACCUUCCACUACUAACUCAGGGGAACUUACUUCACAGCUAGCACAGUUCACUUACCUCUUCAGUUAAAGCCUCAACAGAACCUCUGAUUUCAGGUUGACGAGUAGGGGAGUGAUAAGAGAAAAGGGCAGGUUUUAGAAGAUGGUUAGAAGAUAGUUUUGUGUACACUUUAUGGGCAGUUUUCCUGUCAGUCUGUUAUUAUAGUGUUAUUGUUUUGUUCCUCUGUAUAUAAUGGUGCAUUGCUUGGGAGCUGUAUAUAUUGUUGAUGUUUAUGCUCCAGACAUCUUUUCAGGAAUCAUUUUCAAGUGCAUACAAGUUUGCAUGCACCUUUUUAUUAAAGAUGGUACUUUAUUUAAAGAUAUUCAAAUGAAUAUGUAUGCAAUUAAUGUCAUUUGUCAUUGUGGUGUUAUUAUUGUGAAGGAACUUACUUGCUAUUGUUUAUUUUCUGUCAAAUAUAAUGGCACAGUAUUUUUGAGUUCAAGUUAGAUGUGAGACUGUACAGUAUUUAUUGUCUAUUUUCUUAAAUUUGAUAAGUUUUUAAAUUGAUCAUCCUACCUGGUGCACUACUUUGACUGAGACCUCUAGGACACUGUCUCAAAAAGAAGGGAAAAGGGAAAGCAUUUUGUCUGUUAGUCCAACAGCAAGUCAAAGGGAAAAAACUGUCUCUGUAUUUUAAUGCUCCGCAAGCUGAAAUCUGUGUUGCGACAAAUACAAAGAUGAAUAAAAAACGGUCCUGGCUCUUUUGCAUCACACACGUCAAGUCAGUCAUCACAUCCUAUGAGUUACAUAUGAAAAGUUCACUCAAGCUUGUAAGCAUGGGUUUUGAUUGAUAUAAACCUGUAAACCUCCACUAGUUUCCCAGAGUGUAAUUUAGCAUGGCGAUCAAAAUACCCAUCGUCACCGCUGUAUCUGAGGCAUGGGCUAGGGCCAGGGCAAGAAUAAUUUUUGAUUGCUUUGUUUUUCCAUUGCGUGGGCCUUAACCAGGAACAGCCAGGGACAGUCGACUGAUCUCCCUGGGCAGUAAGGCUUUUGCAUAUGUGUGGCAAUCUGGUUUCAAUUGGCAAGCCCAGGCCGCAGCUUCAUACUGGGACGCCCAGGAACAAGCAG